AGUCUUCGCGUAACGUUCCGCGGGUUGAGGGGACUGCACAGUCUGGCGAAAGGAGAUGUGACCACAGAACGGUCAGAGAGAUGCAACAUUGCUGGCUAGAUAGAAGAAAGGAGCCUUUUGCCAAGGAAUGUUGGUGGCCUCUGGAAGCUGGAAAACAUAAGGAAACAAAUUCUCCCCUAGAGUUUUCAAAAAGGAACACAGCCCUGCCAACACCUUAAUUUCAGUCUAAUGAGAUCCAUCUCAAACUUCUACUUAGCUAUAAGCACGCUGCUUCACCAAGAAAAUAUCCAGAAGAGGACUGGUUGACUCUUGGACUUUUAAGUCAUGGCCCAUCAGUUGAUGAUGUUCAGGGAUGUGGCUAUAGAUUUCUCUCAGGAGGAGUGGGAGUGCCUGGACCUGAAACAGAGGGAUUUGUACAAAGAUGUGAUGUUUGAGAACUACAGCAACAUGGUCUCACUGGGACUUUGCAUAUAUCAGCCAAAUGUGUUCUCUUUAUUGGAGAAAGGGAAAGAGCCCUGGAAGAUUUUGAGGAAUGAGACGAGAAGACUUUGCCCAGACUUACAGUCCAGGUGUGAGAGCAAGAAGUUAUCACCAAAAAAUGGUAUUUUAAAGAGAGAAUCAUCCCAAUUGGAAAUAAUGAAAAUGUGUAAAAAACACAACCUUGAAUGUUUAUGUUUUAGAGAUGACUUGGAAGGCAAAGCUCAGUUUCAAACACCACAAGAAAAUCAGGAAGAGUGUUUCAAGCAGGUGAUACUCACUUGUGAAAAAAUGCCAACUUUCAACCAGCACACAGUUUUAAAUUUGCAUCAGAGACCUAAUACAGGAGAGAAACUGAAUGAAUUUAAAGAAUGUGGGAAAGCCUUUAGUUCUGGCUCAGAUCAUACUCAACAUCAGUCAAUUCACACAGGCGAGAAAUUCCAUGAAGAUAAGGAAUGUGGGAAGACCUUUCUUCCUGAUUCAGAACUUAUUCAACAUCAGGCAGUUCACACUGUAAAGAAAACCUAUGAAUGUAAAGAAUGUGGGAAAGCUUUUAGUUUACGUUCAAGUCUUACUGGUCAUAAAAGAAUUCAUACAGGUGAGAAACCUUUUAAAUGUAAGGAAUGUGGGAAGGCCUUUAGAUUUCAUUCACAACUUAGUGUCCAUAAGCGAAUUCAUACUGGUGAGAAAUCUUAUGAAUGUAAGGAAUGUGGGAAGGCCUUUAGUUGUGGCUCAGACCUUACUCGACAUCAAAGAAUUCAUACUGGUGAAAAGCCCUAUGAAUGUAUUGAAUGUAGAAAGGCCUUUAGUCAGCGAUCACAUCUUAUUAAACAUCAGAGAAUUCAUACUGGUGAAAAACCUUAUGAAUGUAAGGAAUGUGGAAAAGCUUUUACUCGCGACUCACACCUAACUCAACACCAGAGAAUUCAUACUGGUGAGAAAUCUCAUGAAUGUAAGGAAUGUGGAAAAGCUUUUAUUCGUGGUUCAAAUCUUGCUCAACAUCAGAAUGUUCAUGUUGGUAGGAAACCUUAUGAAUGUGAGAAGUGUGGGAAAGCCUAUAUCUGGAGCUCACACCUUGCUCGACAUCAGCGAGUUCAUACUGGUAGGAAACCUUACGAAUGUAAGCAAUGUGGGAAGACUUUUCUUUGGGCUUCAUAUCUUGCUCAACAUGAGAAAAUUCACAAUGAGAGGAAACUCUAUGAAUGUAAGGAAUGUGGAAAGACCUUUCUUCAUGGCUCAGAGUUUAAUCGACAUCAGAAAAUUCAUACUGGUGAGAGAAACUAUGAAUGUAAAGAAUGUGGAAAGACCUUUUUUCGUGGAUCAGAACUUAAUCGGCAUCAGAAAAUUCAUACUGGAAAGAGAUCAUAUGAAUGUGAAGAAUGUGGAAAAGCCUUUCUCUGGGGUUCACAACUCACUCGACAUCAAAGAAUGCAUACUGGUGAGGAACCUUAUGUGUGUCAAGAAUGUGGGAAAUCCUUUAUCUGGGGCUCACAACUUACACGGCAUAGGAAAAUUCAUGUUGAUGCUGAACCUUAUGAAUAUAAGAAAAGUGGCCAGAUAUUUAGUCACCCGUGUCUUACUGAUCAGAAAAUUCACAAUGGUGAGAAUCUCUGUGAAUGGACAGACUAUGAGAAUACCUUUAGUCAUGACUCAAACUUUGCUCAACACCAAAAUAUUUAUACUUUUGAGAAAUCCUGUGAAUUCAAAGAUUUUAAGACCACAUUUUCUCCAAGCUCUCACUUUAUAUCACUCUUAUGAAAUAUUAUAUAAAAAGAAUGUAGGAAAGACUUUA